AUGAAGACGCCUCAGAGAAACACGAGUGUAUUCCAACAACUCAAAAUUCUCUUGUGGAAAAAUCUACUUAUCAAGAGGAGGAGGAAGAUGCAGAGCUUUCAGGAGUGGAUGCUGUCUCUGCUCUUCCUGCCCUUGGCAUUCAUAGAGUGUGCCUUCAUAAUGACCCACCACUACCCCGAAGUUCCUUACAGCGACCUCGGGCAGUUGGACCAUCCUGCCUACAAUGCCACGGGGGUCACCAUUGCUUUUACCCCCAGCACUGAGACCACAAGGCAGAUAAUGAAUAAAGUGGCCUCAAGCUCUCUAAUGAAAGGUAUAAAACUAAAAGCACUGAAAAAUGAGAAAGCCCUGGAAGAAGCCUGGAGUUUGAAUAAAGAAAUUAUAGGGGUUGUAUUUAAGGACAACUUCUCCUACCACCUCAGGUUUUCUACUAGGGAUGUGGUUAUUCCAAAUGACAACUUUGGACACAUAGAUAACUGUUAUGAUUUCUCCUCACGGUACUGUGAGAGCCCCAAGUACUGGUACAGAGGCUUCCUGUCCCUGCAGUCCAGCAUCGAUGCUGCUAUUAUAGAGGUGGUGGCAAAUCAUUCUGUUUGGGAAGAGAUGAAAUCAAUUGCUGGUGUCCGUAUGAAGUCCCGGAGUGUCAUCCCCUUGCUUACCUUAGAGUACAGUUACUUCAUGAUCACUAUCGUGAUGUGUUUCUUCCCCUUCAUGUAUUUCUUAUCCAUGAAUGUUGUCAGAGAAAAGAAGAAGCUCAAAGUAUUGAUGAAGACAAUGGGGCUGCAGGAUAUUGCAUUUUGGCUCUCCUGGAGUCUGCUGUAUGCUGUUUACGUGCUGGUCUUCUCCUGCCUGCUGACGGCUCUCGUGGUGCGGGAUGCUUUCGCCCUCAGCAGCUUCCCUGCUGUCUUUCUGCUGUUUUUCCUCUAUGGUCUAACAUGUAUCCAUCUAGGUUUCAUGCUCUGCUCCCUCCUAAGGACCUCCAAACUUGCCAGCUCCAUGGGAUUUUUCAUCACCUUUCUCUUUGGAUGCCUGAGCCUCGCAGUGCUGAUAGAAAAUCUUCCAGAACCAUUGAAGUGGUUUCUUGGUCUCUUCUCUCCUUUUGCAUUUAACGUUGGCAUUGCAAAGAUCUUCUAUUUGGAAAAAUAUGGUAUUGGUUUCUCUUUUUCCAAUCUUAUGGAUGAAGCAUAUUUUUUAUUUUCAACUUACCUCAUGCUGGUCUUUGACUCAGUCUUGUACAUGCUGUUAGCUGUGUAUUUCGACAAAGUUCUGCCAGGCAAAUAUGGCAUCCCAGAAUCUCCAUUUUUCUGCCUGAAGCCCUCCUACUGGGUGCGGAGCAGGAGAGACUUCACCAGGGAGAUGCCCAGAAGAGCAGCAAACCCUGAGGAGCUCCUUGGUGAUGAUGUAGAGCCCAUGCCCCCUGAAUUCAUGGGGAAGGAGGCCAUCAGGCUACACAAUAUUAAAAAAGCAUAUAAAAAGAAGGACAAGAAGACAGAAGCUUUAAGAGGUUUGUCUUUAACUAUUUAUGAGGGUCAGAUCACUGCCUUACUCGGCCACAGUGGGGCUGGGAAGUCAACACUGUUAAAUGUGCUCAGUGGCCUCACGGGGCCUUCUGAAGGCUCUGCAACCAUAUACAACUACAAACUCUCUGAGAUAGGAGAGAGGGAAGGGACUAGAGAGAUGAUUGGCAUUUGCCCACAAUUCAACGUCCAGUUUGAAGUCUUAACGGUGAAAGAAAACUUGAAAGCUUUUGCAGAAAUCAAGGGCAUCAAGUCCAAAGAUGUAGAACAAGAGGUCCGAAACAUUUUGGAACAGUUGGAUAUCAGUAACAUUCAAGAUACUCAAGCUGAGAAACUGAGUGGUGGAGAAAAAAGGAAGUUAUCCAUUGGAAUAGCCAUGCUUGGAAACCCCCAGGUUUUGCUCCUGGACGAGCCAACAGCUGGGCUGGAUCCUCUUUCAAGGCACCAGAUGUGGAGCCUCCUCAAGGAGCAGAGAGCUGGACGGGUGAUCCUGUUCAGCACCCAGUCCAUGGAGGAGGCCGAUGUCCUGGCAGACCGCAAGGCUUUUAUCUUGCACGGGAGGCUGAAGUGUGUCGGUUCUUCUCUCUUCUUGAAGAAGAAAUGGGGGAUUGGCUAUCACUUAAGGAUUCACGUCAAUGAGUCUUGUGACUUGGAGAACGUGACAUCUCUGGUUAAAUGGUACAUCCCCAAUGCCAUAUUCUCAGGGCAGAGUCAAUAUGAGCUGAAAUAUAAACUGCCAUUAGAAAACAUUAACAAAUUCCCAGAUCUGUUCAGUGGCCUCGACAGCUGCUCUGACCAGGGAAUUAUCAGUUAUGGAGUCAGCAUGACAACCCUGGAGGAUGUCUUCCUGAGACUGGAGGGAAAAGCCCCAGCAGAUCCAGCAGAUGUGCACGGCCCCGGGGAGGAGUGGGCAGAGGCAGGACGGCGAUGCCCCGAGGAGGUGGAGCUGGGCUCCUCGCUGCUCUCCAGCACCAGGAAGGGGACGGUCGGUGGCUUGGCUCUCUGGAGGCAGCAGGUCUCUGCCAUGGCGUGGCUGCACUUCUUAAAGCUCAAGAGUUCAGGGAAAAACCUGCGGUCAAUUUUGCUGCUCUAUGUGGUUUUCCUGCUUCCUGUGGUUUUGCAUCUGUCCCUGAUUGCUGCCUGGAAGAUCGUGAGAGCCUGGGAGCUCUCAUCUGCCCUGUACUUCUUGCCCCUGGGGAAGAGGGUUCACUUGGAGACCACCACCCUCCUGGUCCACAACAACACGGGCACAAGCAUUGAAGACUUCAUCCAGUUGCUCGAGAGCCAAGAUCUCACAGUGGAAAUAACAAACAAGGAAAAUAUCACAGAGGACCUGAGCCACAAUGGGGCCAUAAAAGUGUCUCGGAAAGGCCAGAGCUACAGGUUUACUGUGUUAUGCCAUUUGGAGGCCAUCAACUGCUUCCCAGUGCUCGUGAAUGUCAUCAGCAACUGCCUGCUCAGAGCCCUCAAUUCCACCGUGCACAUCCGGAUCUGGAAUCAUCCGUUUUUACCUAUCAAUGAUGCAGAAUUCUGGGAGUAUUUUCUUUCUUUUUACCUCAUGUAUAUGCUGGUGUUGUUCCCUGGUUUUCUUCCUUACUUUGCAAUGGGCUACAAGGAGGAUUACAAGGUGGGAGCUCGUGCCCAGCUCCGGAUCUCGGGGCUCUUCCCCUCAGCCUACUGGUGUGGCCAGGCACUGGUGGACAUCCCACUGUGCUGGCUCCUCCUCUUCUCCGUGUUUGGCAUUCUGUUUGCAAUGAGCAGCAACAUUGCCGGGAGCAUCCACUGCUUCUUCUUUCUGCUCAUGGGUGCUUUAGGCUAUGGAAUCUCUCUCGUUCUCCUCACAUACAUCAUCUCCUUCAUCUUUCACAAAGGACAGAACCGUGAUUUUUGGUCUUUUAUGCUGAUAGUGGUGUGCUUUGCUUCUGUUAUCAUCAGCAGAAUCAUGGAUUUCACUGACCCUACAGCCAGCCUCUGUGUUCUGUCCCUCCUGAUUCCUGUGUACCCACUGCUGGGUGUAGCAAGCAACUGCUACCAGGUUUUUGUGGAAGAAAUCAGGAGCCCAAGAUAUGAUGUACUAAUAGGUGUCUUUGCACCUUAUAUCCAUUCUGUGGGCUUCAUUUUUCUUCUUCGAUGCUUGGAGAUAAAAUAUGGAAAAGCAGUUCUGAGAAAGGACCCAAUAUUCAGGAUUUCCCCAAGAAGAGAGAGCAGCCACCAGCACAUCGAGGAGCAAGAAGAGGAAGAUGAAGAUGUUAAAGCUGAGAGAGCAGCCGUGAGAAAUGCCAUAGCAGCUCCAAGUCAGGAUGAGAAAUCAGUUGUUAUUGCCAGCAAUCUGUGCAAGGAAUAUAAAAUAAAGCAAGCUGGAUCAGUUUUUAAGAAGAAGAAGAAAAUGGCCACCAAAAAUGUUUCCUUCUGUGUUAAAAAAGGAGAAGUAUUGGGACUUCUGGGGCCCAAUGGAGCUGGUAAAACCACAACUAUCAAAAUGAUUGCUGGAGAGAAGACCCUGACUGCUGGGCAGGUGCUGAUGAAGAGGGAAGAUGGAGCAACUUCCCACCUCCAGGACCAGACCUUCCUGGGGUACUGCCCACAAGAGGACCUGCUCUGGCCAGACCUCACCGUGCAGGAGCACCUGAGGGUCUAUGCUGCUGUGAAAGGGCUGCCCAAGGAGGACACUGCUGCUGCUCUCAGCCGAAUAGUGAAUGCUCUGCAGCUUCAAGACUACUUGAAUAAAAAAACCAGAAUAUUAUCUGCUGGGAUAACCAGGAAGCUGUGCUUUGCAGUGUGCAUGCUGGGCAACCCCACGCUCCUGCUCCUGGACGAGCCAUCAACUGGCAUGGACCUCAGUGGGCAGCACUGUGUCUGGAAAAUGAUCCGUGCUGCCCUGAAGACCAAGGAGGCAGGAGCCAUCCUGACCACACACUGCAUGGAGGAGGCAGAGGCCGUGUGUGACCGUGUGGCCAUCCUGGUGUCCGGGCACCUACGGAGCAUUGGCUCCAUUCAGUACCUGCAGAACAAAUUUGGCAAAGGCUAUCUGCUGGAAAUUAAGAUCAAGGAUCCAGAGCACACUCAACUUCUCCAUGCUGAGAUUUUGAGGAUUUUCCCAAGUGCAGCCCAUCAGGAACGAUCCCCCUCUUUGCUAGUCUACAAGGUCCCAAUGGAAGAUGCACUGCCCCUGUCUCAGUCCUUCUCCAAGCUGGAGGAAGCCAAACGAAACUUCAACUUUGAGGAGUACAGCUUCUCUUUGAACACUUUGGCUCAGGUGUUUUUGGAGCUCUCCCGAGAGCAGGAGAAGGAAAAUUGUGAUCUGACUUUGGACGGAGCUUUCGAAUGGACACAGCUUCAGCUUUUUAGGAGGACUGUUAAAGGUGGAAG